AUGUCCCAGCAGAACAACGGUGGACUCCUCGGCGGCCUCGGCGACACCCUCGGCAAGACCGUCGGCGGCGUAACCAACACUCUGGGCGAAACAGUCGGCGGACUAGGCAACACGGUCGGCGGCGCGACCUCUGGUCUGGGAAACACCGUCUCGGGUGCUACCGAGGGCUUGGGCAAUACUACCAAGGGACUUGGCCAAGGUGUUGGACAGGGUACUUCGAAGGGUACUUCGAGUGGAACUCAGAGCACUGGGGGUCAGAAGCAGACUGCUGAGAAUCCGCUUGGGUUGAGUCGCUAG